AUGAGACUGCUCUACUCAUACCAGGAAUCCAACAGCCACUGGGUUCAGCCAAUCAACAGAACAGAAACAACUCCUCGUCACAUCAUCGGGCGCCAACGCCGCCGCCACCGGAGACGCAAAGCCCGGCAGAUGGAGAAGUCUGUCUCUCUCAGCUGUCUCACUGACUCGACCAUGUCCCUCAACAUCAUCACUGUGUCUCUGAACAUGGAGAGGUUUCACUCCCUCGGCGUCAGUGUCGUGGGUCAAAGCGACGAAAGAGGAGACGGAGGAAUUUACGUCGGCUCCAUCAUGAAAGGAGGAGCUGUCGCAGCGGAGGGACGCAUCGAGCCUGGAGACAUGUUACUGCAGGUGAAUGACAUCAACUUUGAAAACAUGUGUAACGACGAUGCUGUUGGAGUCCUGAGAGACGUCGUCCACAAACCAGGUGCAGUGACGUUGACUGUGGCUAAAUGUUGGGAUCCGAACCCUCGGAGCUGCUUCCCGUUGCCGAGAAGUGAACCUGUCCGCCCCAUCGACCCCGCUGCCUGGGUGUCUCACACCGCCGCCAUGACGGGGAAGCUCCUCCCACAUUAUGGCGUCAAUGAAGAACACCACCUCACCAUCCACAGCGACAUCACAGAUGUUGUCAAGGCAAUGACUGAUCCAGAGUCAGGCCUGGAAGUUCGGGACAGGAUGUGGUUGAAGAUCACGAUCCCUAAUGCGUUCAUCGGGUCCGACGUGGUCGACUGGCUCCACGGCAACGUGGAAGGUUUGACUGACCGCCGCGAAACCAGGAAGUACGCAGGGAACUUGCUGAAGGCCGGAUUCAUCAGAAGCACCAUCAACAAGCUCACCUUCUCUGAGCAGUGCUACUACGUGUUCGGAGAUGUCUGCGCUGGUCUGGGUCUGAUGUCUCUACUGGAUCAUGUCUCCAGUCAAGGAGGAGGAUCAGAGUUUGACCCUCCAGGUUCUGGACCCCAGUGGCCUCCAGCCUUCCCCUACCUGUCCCCCAUCCCUCACCCCUACAGCUGUCCGCACCCCCCCCUCCAGCUGCCGGCCUGGGAGGGAGGAAGUCGUCACAGUGAAGGAAGCAGUGAAUCAAGCUGCAGCGAUGGUCUGAAGGAGGGAGGAGCCAGCCAAUCACAGCUUACCAACCACCUCGUCCAGGAGCUCGCCAACGACAACAGGGCCCGGCUACCACUGUCCUCCAUUUCUGGUCUCCAUAGCAACAAAUACUCAAAGGACUCCCCCCCGGCUUCGUCACCGUCUCCUGAUCAAAGACUAAACGUUUCACAGCCCCUCCACCUCGCCGUGGGAAACCCCGGGGAUUACUUUGCAGAUGUAAUCCGAGUCACGGUCAAACGGGAUGGAGCCGGGGACAGCACCGGGGACAGCACCGGGGACAGCACCGGGGGACGGCACCGGGGGACGGCACCGGGGGACGGCACCGGGGGACGUCACCGGGGGGACAGCACCGGGGGGACAGCACCGGGGGACGGCACCGGGGACAGCACCGGGGACAGCACCGGGGACGGCACCGGGGACGGCACCGGGGGACGGCACCGGGGGACGUCACCGGGGGGACAGCACCGGGGGGACGGCACCGGGGGACGGCACCGGGGACAGCACCGGGGGGACAGCACCGGUGUCCUGGAGGACCUGGAGGACAGCACCGGAGGACCACCGUUGUCCUGGAGGACAGCACCGGGGGACAGAGACCGACAGAGACUAAUGGUCAGUGGGGUCCAGACCCUGGAGGGUCACACUCUGAUCCUCCUCCUGGACUGGAGACAUGAUCCAGUAGAGACCCAGACCUGA